UCGACUGACUUCCGGCCAGGCCGUUGUCUGGGUGGCGCGGUCGAGUCAUCGUUGGGCCUCGCCGCUUCCAUCUCCCUUCCCUCCCCCCCCCGCCCCGGCGCGGGGGGUCGACCAGCCAAGUGGGGCGGGAGGCGACUCGGACCUUCCUCUUCAUUUCGUUCUGGCCUGCUGCCCGGCUACCCGCUCUGGGUCCUCGGGACCCGCGAGGCCCGGUCUGAGGGGCCGGGGCCUACGUGGGCCCGCCGUCGGGCCCCAUGCGGCAUAGCCUGACCAAACUGCUGGCGGCCUCGGGCAGCGACUCCCCAAGCCGCAGCGAGAGCCCGGCGCCGGUCGCGACCUGCUCGCUGCCCCCGGACUUGACCCGGGCGGCAGCGGAGGACGAGGGGACGGCGGCGGCCGGGUCUCCCGGCCGCAAACAGCCGCCCGGCGACGAGGGCGAGUCGGACGCCGGGAGGGGGGGCCGCGGCGUCGUGGCCGCGCGCGCGCCCUCGCCCGAGGAGAUGGAGGAGGAGGCUAUCGCCAGCGUUCCCGGGGAGGAGACGGAGGACAUGGACUUUCUGUCGGGCCUGGAACUGGCGGAUCUGCUGGAUCCCCGGCAACCAGACUGGCAUCUGGAGCCCGGGCUCAACUCGCCCGGGCCUCUCUCCUCGUCCGGCGGAGGCUCGGAUAGCGGCGGCCUGUGGAGAGGGGACGACGACGACGAGGCCGCGGCUGCCGAGAUGCAGCGCUUUUCUGACCUGCUGCAGAGGCUGUUAAACGGCAUCGGAGGCUGCAGCAGCGGCAGUGACAGUGGCGGCGGCGAAAAGAGGCGGAGAAAGUCCCCGGGAGGAGGCGGCGGCAGCAGCGGCAACGACAACAACCAGGCGGCGACAAAGAGUCCCCGGAAGGCGGCGGCGGCUGCUGCCCGUCUCAACCGGCUGAAGAAGAAGGAGUACGUGAUGGGGCUGGAGAGUCGAGUACGGGGUCUGGCAGCCGAGAACCAGGAGCUGCGGGCCGAGAAUCGGGAGCUGGGCAAGCGCGUACAAGCACUGCAGGAGGAGAGUCGCUAUCUACGGGCCGUCUUAGCCAACGAGACCGGACUGGCUCGCUUGCUGAGCCGGCUGAGCGGCGUGGGACUGCGGCUGACCACCUCGCUCUUCAGAGACUCGCCCGCCGGUGACCAUGACUACGCUCUGCCCGUGGGAAAGCAGCAACAGGACCUGCUGGAAGAGGACGACUCAGCCGGAGGAGUGUGUCUUCAUGUGGACAAGGAUAAGGUGUCGGUGGAGUUCUGCUCGGCGUGCGCCCGGAAGGCGUCGUCUUCUCUUAAAAUUUUCUUUUUUAGGUGAUUUCCUUCCUGCCAGGCUCCGUUGUAGGGGUUACAGAACAGUCGUUCCCGCCUCACAACCUGGUAAGGAUCCAUCUCUUCACGUAACGCUCAUGCUCUGCUGCUUAGUCUACUUUAAUGGGCAACAUCUCAAUUUGUGUGUGUGUGUGUGAUAUAUUUUUGUUUUCUUUUCUUUUUUGGAAGGUGGGAGGGGAGUCUAAUUUGGGCCCUGUCCACCCUGGAAACAGACUUGUGCUGGUCAAUAUUGUAUUCAAGUUGCUUCUUCUGGUUGAAAUAGCUGUUAAUGUGUCCCCUUGUUCAGACUUGCGUGUACCUAGCUCUUCUGUCCCCAGUGUGGACAUGGCCUUGGAUGACAUCGGUUCCAACUGUACACUGAAAGCUGCUAAUAGAGAUACAGUUUGGAGAAAGUGACACAGGUGAAGUUGAAUGGAAGUUCCGAGUUGUACAAGGUGCAAAUUGGAAUUCCAACUUUAGAGCAACUUUUCAGAGGUUGACAAUAAGUACUUGGGGCAUACACAGAUGUGAUAGUUAUUUUGCGGAGAUGACAGAAAUCUCUUAAAUAUUCAAGAAUGCCUUUUAGUUUUCAUAGAUCUAGAUAUACAAUCUAUUCAGAUUAAUAGAUUUUUAUAUCUCACCAUUAGAGAAGUUGGAAAUUAACAUGCAUAUCAGACUCCUGUGUUAGUUACUUAAAGGAAGAAUAAGAAUGGUUAAUGAAAUGUUUCUUUGAGGACCAGCACAGUGAUUUACCCUAUCACUGAGUAUGAAUAAAUUGUUGAACACCUUUAUUUUUGUUGUAUUAAAAUUUUAGGUUAAAUUUAUGUAUGAUUAGAUAUUGAAGGUUAUGAAAUGUGAAUGAAAACGUGUAAAGUGAGGCUUCACAAAGAAUCUUAUUCUCCAUAUUUCAAGGAUAUUUGUCCUAUUUAAAAGUAAGUUUUAAAAUUGAGUGACUUAAUGACACGAUUGACACUUUUUCCAAAGUUGGGACAUAGUCUUCCUUUGAAGUACUCUAUUAUCUAUUGUCCAGUUGUAUAGAUUGAGUCACAGUGUCUUUCAGUGUAAGAGACAUUAAGAAAUUCUUUGUGAAACAUCACUGUUUGAUAAAGUAUAUACGUAUUUAGCAUCCUUGUUUUUCUUUGUGCUAAAGUGGAUACAGCUGUUGGGGCAGAAGAGACGGGACCAGCUGCUGGCCACAUUUCCUGCUUUAUUUUAAAAGUCAUGGGCUCAAAGAAUUUAUUCAUCUCUAACAUGACAUUGGAAAAUAAUGGAUGAAAAUAGGAAAAAUGAGUGUUGUUAAUGCUGUGGGUCUUAAAAGGUUCUGGAAGCAGUAAGUGCGUUUUUCUAAAAAUUAUACCAUUCCCUUGGAAUAUUUUCUUCCUAACGUCAAUGAUUUUCCUGCAUUAUUUGAAGUUUGGGGCUGGGGAGAAACAGUCAAAGCUUUCUGAAUUGGGAUGCUUUGACAUUCCAAGUAUAGAUUUUUAGAAUGUCAUUUUAUAAAUGGCAGUUUUUGGAAAUACUUGAUUAAGAACUUUUGAAAAUGGAGAUUAGUAUCGACUAUUUUAAAAGCUGCUUUGUUAGGUUGCUUCUGUUUUAACUGUCUUAGUUUCCAUUUCAUUCUCUUUUUUUUCUAAUUUUGGUAAAUUAGUGAUUUUGUCAUUUUUUGCAUCAACGUCAUGGUCUUGUUUUUACAUGGUAUUGCAUGUAUUUAGGACCUAUCUAACAGGGGCUUUAAAUAAAUAUGGUCAUAUUUAUGUGUAAACACGUUUUACUGUAAAUGUUUGGGUUUCUGAAUUUACAACAGAUAUGUUUAUUUCAGUAUGUAGUAAACAAUAUCCUAAAGUGUCCUAUUCACUACUUGUUAAUUAAAAAAGUUAUGAUUAAUAUGAACCUGUUGUCUUACUAUUUUUAGAAAAUUGUGUUCUGAAUGAUUAGUAGUUGGAUAAAGGAGAUUUCUGGACUAUAAUAUGGAUUUAGAAAUUUUCAGGUUUGGCUCUAUUUACUGUAAUGGAUGAAAGCAAUUUAGUGUUUGGGGAAUCUUUUUUUUUUAAUUUUUUUUUUCCUAAUUGUGCCUCUGUGGCAAAAUGAUACAGCAAGUACUAGAGUAAAGAUGUAGCUUUUAAUGUUUGUCUUCUGAUGGUGACAGGAAUUUAUACAUUAAUUGAACUAACACAUCAUAUUGACUUAAUGUUUCUGCACUUCCUUGACCAAACCUAACUAAAAAGUCCACGUUUGUUAAAAUGUAGUCACACCUCUGAUAUAAUCCGACAAAAAGUGUUCGAAAUAUUUUAAAUAUUUGUGCAUUUGAUAAUCACUAAAUUAAUCUCUCUCUCUUCUCUUUAAACAGCUUAGCAGUGUCUGCAAAAACGAAUCUUUUCCUACAACCUGUUAACUGACUGGACUGAUGGUAACAAAGUAAUUGUGGGAGCCAUGUCGGUCAAAAAUUUGGCAUCUGCUGAAAAAAAUGAAUGCCAUUUUCAAGUUCCCAAAUUACUUCUAUACUGAUUUCACUUUCCAGAUUUCACUUUCCAGAAAUGGAGAUAUGAAAAGAUUCUCUGGAAUCCUUGAAAGACUUAAUAGAAAUACAUGAGACAAAGUUAAUUUUGGAACAAAAUUACACUUUUUUUGUCUUUCAUGGGAGUGAUACUCAGUUCUUUGCAUACCUUUUAAAAAUUGUAACCAUUGGAGAAGAGAAUGAUAGUAUUUCAUCAAGGAAUAUUAGAUUCUUUACAUAAUCAAGCGCACAUUCUGUGGAAUUAGAUUUAGUGGAGUAGAAUUACAUAAACAGGCCAUCAGUGAUCACAGGCAUAUCAUGAGUUUGUAUUUAUUUCCUGGAACAUGAGAACUAAUCUGAAGUACAGACAGACGUUGCUGAGUAGAAUAUAAAAGUUAAUGUAAAGUCUUUAAAGAGUAGUCUUUUUAAAUAGAUGCAUUGAUUUGUCUGUAUAUCUUUGAAAAAUUGAUUAUGAUUAAAUGUGUGGGUAGUUAAUUGCGAUUCAGGGUAAUGCCAAGAUGUGUGGAUUCUGAGGUUUUUGGCUUCUUGAGCUUUCUCCGAGGACUUAUUAAAAAUAUUUUGAGGUUUCUAAUGAAUGGUAUACUAGUUUCUACUGUUUUAUAUUAAAAUUUCUCUAGUAUGUAAGGGCUUUAGUAUUCUGGAUGAUGGGAGUGGCUUUUUUCAUGGAAUGUGGUUGUUUUACUUAAUUGAAACAUUUUUCCAGUUCAUUACAAGUGUGAAAAAACACUCAAAACUCUGGUUGUUUUAUGUCAUUUUUGUUGGAUUAUGUUAAUACAUUCUUUCACCUGGUCUAGACUGAGUCAUUUUAUCUUACUGACUCACUUGGGAAGUGUGCAGAUGAUAGAAGUGGGAGGGGGUAGGAGAUAGGCUCUUAUUUUCUUUCCAGAACGAUUCAUCAUAAUAACUAUACAGUUUGGUUAUUGUAUGGUGAUAUAAAAAAUUUAUUAAAUCCACUCAGUUUCUUGUAAUGUAAGUGUAUUCAGUGUCUCUGAUGCCAGGCAGCAAAGAGCAUUCCCAGUGGCUUAUUAUGUGAUUGAUGGAUGCUCCUACAGUAAGAAC